GAUCAGUCUUCAUCAGCACAGAGGGGAGAGACAUCAGAGCGGAGUGAAGCCGAGGAGAGCAGAAGAUAGCAAAAAUGCAGUGGAGUCUGUUUCUGCUCAUUCUGAUGGGUCAGUGUUCCUUCUUCACAUGUCGCCUCUAUGGGUACCACUUUAUUGAAGAGGAAAAGACCUGGGAAGAAGCCCAGGCCUAUUGCAGAGAGGAAUACACUGACCUGGCCACAGUGUACGACAUGACAGACAUGGAGAGACUCCGUUACUGUACUGAUGAAAAACACGAUGCCUGGAUUGGGCUGUACAACAUCCCAGGAGAAGGAAACAAGGAGUGGCACUGGUCUCUGCCAGGAGUGGAGUAUUCGGAGACAGAGACAGUGUGGGAUAAAAAGGAGCCAAAAGAUUUUGGCAAAAAUGAAAACUGUGCGUUGAAGAAGAAGAACAGUGAUAAAUGGAAUGAUGUUCCUUGUACUGAUAAAUAUAUGUUUAUCUGCUACGACGAAACAAAUAUAUCCAGAAAAAAAUUCCAUUUGAUUAACGAUACGAUGAGCUGGCCCAAAGCUCAGAACUACUGCAGAGAAAAUCACACCGACCUGGUCAGUGGACUCAAUCAGUUAAAUGACACCGAUCUCAAGGAACAAAUUCAUUCUUAUGAUGUGUGGAUCGGCCUGUUCAGAGACACCUGGAGGUGGUCAGAUGGGAGUCAUUUCUCUUUCAGAAACUGGGAUCUGAAGUUAUUUAAAGAUGACGACAGCAAGAAAUGUGCUAUGACUAAGUUAGAUGGAACUGGAAAAUGGGACUCUGAUGAUUGUAAUACAACAAAACCCUUCUUCUGCUAUGAAGAUGAAGUGAUCCUGAUCCAAGAGAGUAAGACCUGGGAGGAGGCCUUGAAUUACUGUACAGAGAACUACCGUGACCUGGUGUCCAUCACUAACCCUCAUCAGCAGAGAUGGGUCCAAGAGAAAGCCAAGAACGCUUCAACUUCUCAUGUCUGGCUGGGACUGCGCUACACCUGCUCUCUGGAUUUGUGGUUCUGGGUCAGUGACGAGCUGGUCUGCUAUAACAACUGGAACUCACCUGCAACCACUGAUAACUGUUACAGCGCUGCAGCCAUGGACAAAGGAGGACGGCAUGAGUGGUUCGAAAAAGCUGAUACUGAGAAGUUUAAUUUCAUCUGUGCUUUAUAGUAAGUUUUAAAACCACCCUAACCACCUUAUAUUUCUGGUGCAUUUUUCUGCAACAAGCUUAUACAAAACUAACAGUGUGUUAGUGUCUAUGCAAAUCUUACUGUCUUAUCUUAGUGUAUGUAAAAUAAAUCUGUACUGUUUUGCUUAUUGCACUCACAAAAUGCUGAUGAUGUUUUGGUUAAGAUCAGGUGAUGGUUAUAAUGUAUAAAAACAUAUUUUUGCUGUGAUAACAUUUUGGAGUUUUAUGUAAAUGGUUGAUUGAUUUUCUCUGAUGCUGACUAAACUGAUAAACCGUGAUGUCAGCAUAUAUUUCAUUGGCCUGAUAGAAAUGUAAUAUUUACAAAAAUGGAGCCUCUUUUUGUGUAAAAACAUAGAUCAUAAUGUGUAAAAGGACUCUUCAAAUUAAAAAUCAGAAUAUCUUCAUAGAAUUUUAGUGAAGUGUUUUAAAACCAUUAUGUCCUCUAAAAUCUUUGAGUUCACAACUACAUAGGGAUUUCUCCAUGGGUGUCAUCCUUAUGUGUUUGAGGUCACUAACAGACUGAAGUUGGCUUUUUUAACAAUUCAAUGGACAGCUUGUCAAAAUAGUCAAAACCUCUAGUGGGAAGUCUGAGAAGUUAUAUGGGAAUGUUUAUGUUGGUGAUAUCUAUUAACACUAGAGGGCGCACAUGAACCAGCUGUCUGCUGCCUGCAGCCACUGGAAACAGGUUGAUUUGCUCACGGUGAUGGUCCUGAAUGAGUUUAUAUUUCUUGUUGACUUUAUGUGAGGAAACUAGUUGUUAAUAAUUUAAUUAAUAUAACUAAAACCCCAUUACACAUAUUGGAAACUUUACUGUCCCUAUUUGUUGAAAUAUGUCUUUAUGUGUACACAAUACUUUUACUGUAUUGAUAUUUUAAUUUAAUAAAUCUAAUAACAAUA